CGGGACGUUUCGAAACUUUGCGCACUUUAAAUGGCUGAUGAGAAGCCACGAAGAAAACUAAUUUUACAUUUUGAUGCCAGGAAUACUUUGUUUCUGUCAGAUAAAAGUUAUCGUUUUACUAUUGAAGAGGCGCUUAACAAUUACAUUUCUGGAAUUGUAUGGGGUCAAUUAAAAGAAAAUUCUGAAAAAAAUCAAAAUAAUGAUAUACAAAAUAAUUCUGAUACUAUCUUAUCAAUGGAUUCAAAUCAAGAUCAUUCAAAUGAUACUAUUGAAAGAAAUGAAAAUCAAAGUCAAUGUAUAAAAUCUGUAAAGUCUCAAGUUCUGAAUGAAAUGAAUCCAAAUCAAAAUCAUGAAUUUAACUCUUGUAAAACAACAACAACCACCCCCAUAACAACAACAACAACAACGCCUACAACCACCCCGACAACAACAACAACAACAACAACAACAACUUCAAUAGAUAUUCGUCAACCAUAUGAAGGUGAAAAUUUUGAAAAUUUAACACCAAAUGAAUUAGCUAAUUUUAAAUCUACAUUAGCAUGUUGGAAUCGUUUACCAAUACCAUUAUGUAUUAAACAACCUCAACCAAAUGCUAUAAGUAUAUAUAAAUUAUUAGAGAAACAAAUUGUUAAAAUAACAUCUGAUAGAGGUAGAAUAAGAAAAUAUUUAGGUAAUUUUACACAAACACCAGAAGGUUUACCAUAUCGUAAUUUAUUUAAUGAAUAUUUACAAAUGUUAAAAUUAACACCAAUUGAAUCAAUUAAUUCACCAUAUUGUUUAUGUGUAAAUAGUGGAAAAAUUAACAAUCACCAUGGUAACCAUAGUGAUAUAGAUGAUAUGAAUGAAAAUAAUGAUUAUUAUCAUUAUUUAAUGCCAGCAUUUUAUCGUUUAUUAACAUGGCUUAUUGAAACUAAUCGUCAAUUUGCUAUAUUUAUACGUACUUAUGGUAAAGAUGGUGAACAUAUAUUAUCAGCUAUAGAAGCAUAUAUUCAUGGUAAACAUUCACAAGAGAAAGCACCAUAUAAUGCUAAACAAUUUUUACCAAUUGAUUAUACUAAAUGGUAUUUAAAACGUUCUGAUAAUGAACCAUUAUUUCAACUGAUGAAAGAAAUUCCACAAAAUGAUCUUUUAAAUAAUAAUCAUAAACAAUUUAUUAAUAUAUCAAAUAAUCCUUAUGAUAUAUAUCAAAUAUGGUCAAAUCAAAUUGGUGUUAUACAUAUAACAGAUGAUUUUACAUAUUGGAAAUUACAUAAUUAUCAUUAUAAAUCAUCAAAACCAUUAUGGUUUAAUCCUAAUGAUCAAUAUAUUCAACAUAUAUUAUUUGAUGAUAAUAUACGUUUUGAAGAAGAUGGUUCUAAUGUCAUUGAUUUAUAUCAACUUGAUAAUACUACGAUUCCUACUUUGACUACUACCUUGACUACUACUCCGACUACUACCUCGACUACUACUCCGACUACUACCCCGGCUACUACCUCGACUACUACUCCGACUAUUAAUAAUGAUGAUAUAACAUCAUCAAUUAAAUCUAAUCAAUAUUAUCAUCAUCUUGAUAGUAACGAAGCAAUAAAAUGGGAAAAUAUUUAUUUUGUACAAGCAGAUUUAUUAAAAAUUAUUAAAAAUAGAAAUUAUUUUAUAGAAAAAGUUAAUGAAUGUGAAUUCAAUUUAGAUAGUAUACAAAAACAAUUAAAUAUUAUAUGAUAAUUUUGAUUAAUUUAUAUAUAAAAAAUAAUCUGUACAUAGAAUAGUACAGUUUGUAAUUUGCUUAUAUGAAUACAUUUUAUACAUAUAUAUAUAUAUAGAAUUCAUUUUUUUAUUCAUGUAUUCAUAUACUACUUAAAUGAUACUUAUAUAUGUAUAUAAGUAUAUGUAUGAUUACUGAAGUGAGACUAUUAUUUAUGAACGAACCAAUCAGAGAUAAGAUAACUAAUGUUGAAUUUUUGGCGCGAAAUUCACUGAUCCAUUGGAUUUAAUAAAGUUUUGGCAUGAUCAUGAUCAUGUUCAAAUACUUUAAAUGUAAUUGUUAACCUUAACUAACAAUUGUAAAUCAUAAUUCUUAUUCCUUACACUAGUUUAUAAUCUUUAAUUUGAUCUUAGUUACUAGGUGGAUACUAUACAAGGUUAGUUUAGUGUUAAUUAAAGAUUGUUCAUAAAUUAUAGUUUUAUCAAUGAUUGAUUGUACCAAAGAUGUUAUAUGUACAAUUAUAUAACAUUGAAAUGUUUUGUUUGUUUUGUUUUUAAACGUAACAUCUAAUAUAGAGAAACUUUCUUUUUAUUAUAUAAUAAACAGUUUAAUUAUGAUAAUUA